AUGCCGUCCACGUCAUCAAAGCUAAGCUACGAGUCGCUCGUUGGAGAAUACGCCAGUCUGUCUCGUGCACACGACGCAAGCAUUUUAGCUGCCAAAAAAGCGAAAGCUGCGUUCAUUGCUUCGGAGAGCACCCUCGUGCCAUUGAUGCGACGCCGGAAUGAGCAUUCCGACCGAUUGUCAGUUCGCUCAGAGACGUGCAAGGCCCACGAUCGAUACGUCAAGCGACUAUCCCGCCGUUUAACAUCGAUGAACCCCGAGAUCCGGGCACACCACAAACGCCGGGAAAUGGAUGACGUAGAAUUAUUGAGCUAUGCAACAUGUGCAUAUCAAUUACUUCACGCCACAAGCUUACUCGCCGCCAUGAACAAAGUCGGCCGCGCAGCGACCGCUCGGUGUGGCGUUGUCUUUGACAAAGUGAACGCUGCCAAGGAUGUCAAGAAAGCUUGUGACGAGAGAGGUGAGAAAGCUUACACUCACCACAACGAGGUCAGUGAGCGGAUGGUGCAAUUCUGGAUCAAGCUCGGAAAUUAUGCUGCCGAGUUAGACCCCGAUCCGGACAGCGACAUUAAUUUCCGACUUGACCAGUGGAUGGACGAGAUCGAAGCGCGGAUUAAACGCGUCAAUCAUGAAGCUAAGGAACUAGAGGAUUGGAGCUCGGUCAGGACGGGGAUGAAGAUCAGGACUGGUGAUGGCUCGGGCGAGGGCGAGAUGACGACGAGUGACGAAUUGGAGGAUGAAUGGGAACGGAAGCAUGAUUUCCGCGCAUUGCUGGAGCAGAUCGGAGGCUUCGAUAAGGAAACUCUGCGGGACGUCUUUCGAGAAAAGCAUCAUCACCGGCGCUGA